GGAACCGAGCCCCGGUAUGGUGCAGCAGCGCGGCCCGCGGGGCCGGGGCGCUGAGGCUCGGCGGGAGCCCUGUGCCCCGUCACCCACCCGUGACACGGAACCGGCGUGGUGCAAGACGCCGAGCGGGCACAUCAAGCGCCCCAUGAACGCCUUCAUGGUCUGGUCCCAGCACGAACGCCGCAAGAUCAUGGACCAGUGGCCGGACAUGCACAACGCUGAGAUCUCCAAGCGCCUGGGCCGGCGCUGGCAGCUCCUCCAUGACUCGGAGAAGAUCCCCUUUGUGAAGGAGGCUGAGCGCCUGCGCCUCAAGCACAUGGCUGACUACCCCGACUACAAGUACCGGCCACGGAAAAAGGGCAAGGUGGGCACGGCCGCGGCCCGCCCGCGCCUCCCGGUGAAGAUCAAGCCCUCGAUGCUGGGCCGCGUCUCCACCGGCCGCAGGCAGACGGCCAAGACGCCCGCCGGCCACGAUGCCCCAAAGGAACCCGCUCAGGAGGUGCCCACUGAGGACUGCCCCACGGCACCCGGCAUGGCACCCACCGGGGAGUGCGGCUCCCAGGAGCCCCCCGCGCCCCCGAGCCCCGCUGCCGCCUGCCCUGAGCCGGGGAGGUCUCCGGAGAGUGGGUCCCCUUCUCCCAUGUCAGCUGGGUCACCUCCCUCCUCCUUCAGCUCCUCCGACGAGGAGCUGGAGGAGGAGCUGCUGGGGGUCCUGCCGGGGCGGGUGGCCACUGGUUCCACCAGUGGUGGCCUGGACUGGUCUGUCUUCGACAAGGACCACGACCUCUUCCCACGGGGAAGCUCCUCACACUUCGAGUUCCCGGACUAUUGCACACCCGAGGUGACGGAGAUGAUAGCAGGGGACUGGCUCAUGUCCAGCAUCUCGGACUUGGUCUUUACCUACUGAGUGCGGCGCUCCGCAGGUAACUCUCCUCCCUGUCCCCCGCAAUCAGGUCGGAUCCAAAAACCAGGAUAAACAAACAAACAAACAAACAAAAAACCAAGCAAAAAGAGCCGAAACCAGCUGUUUACAUGCAGGAAUCAGGUAUUUUGCCUUGAAGCCGCUGGAAGGCAGAGCUCCCUGCUCACCCCAUCCCCACCCCCUCCCGGCACACACCCACUCCUCCUCCUCCGUCCUUCCGUCUGUCCGGCUCUUCGCCUGGCCGCCGCGGUUGUUUGUCCGUGGAAUGCUGAACAUCCCCUCGGGUUUGCCUUGUCAGUGCCCGCUCCUUCCCGCCAUGGCUCCUCCCAGCACCAUCGUGGCCCCUGCGGGCAUUGGGGGCCCCCCCCCCUCUCCACGCCAUCCUCAUCGUGACCCCUGCGGGCAGUGGGGGCCCCACGCCAUCCCUGUGGCCCCUGCGGGCAUUGCUCCCCUCUCCCCCUCCCCCCGAUUCCCGUGGCCCCUGCAGGCACUGGGGCCACCCACACCGGCCCAGCGUUCCCUGCAGGCACAAGGGGCAUCCAUGCCAGCCCCAGCUCUCGGUGCUCAUCCCCACCCUCCCCGAUCCUCGGGGAAUGCCCAAUUCCUUUGGCUUCUUGACUCCAUUUCAAGCUCAGCUUCGAUCUUUCUCCUCUCGCUUGCCGAAGGAGGGGAGCGAAGCCAGGCGGGCCCGGGGCCGGGGGUGGCACAGGACGCUGCCCGCUGCCCGCUGCCCGCCGGCGGCUGCGGGCAGAGCCAGGCUGCUGGCACGUGACGCGCACGUGGCGGCAGCAGGCUGUGUUGCUCCUCUCGCCAGGCGGGCGGGCACAGGGAGGCUGUGCCCAGAGCCACCCCAGACCCCUUCAGGGAUGAGCCCUUCCCAGAGCCCCCAGCCCCAGAUCUAGCCUAGGACCCACUGCCCGAGCAGGACCCACUUCGGGCUGGCUCAUCCGGGUCGGUGGAGCUGAUCCCACCGUGCCCGCUGGCGGUGGGCGAUGCUGCCAGGGUGGCAGGAAAGCUGGGAAGGGAAGCUGGGAGAAGCCUGCCUUAACCACCCAAGCUGGGCUGAGAGCCGGCGGUGGGCACAGCUAGGGUGAUGCUCCGGCAUGGUGCUCCUCCAUUCCAUGCCCUGCUGCCAGCUGUGCCGAGAGCCAGGGCAUCCCAAGGUGCUGUCAAGGAGCUUCCUGGCAGGGAAGGUCGUGCUGCAGCGGCUCCCCCAGCCGCCUUUUCCUUUGCUGUUCCUGAUGGCUCCUUCCCGCAAGGAGCCUCCUCCGCCUGCUGCCGCCGAGCACGUGGCUGCCGCAGGCUGCGCUUGUGGGGCAGGGGCUGGGCUGUGUGGCCACCUUGGCCACCUCAGGCUGCCAGCCCUGGGGAUGUUGCCAUGGCCAAAGAGCUUGGCCAAGGGACCACUGUUUGAUGGUCCCCCAUGGUCUCUGUUCCCCAAGGGCUCUGGGGGAGCAGGAGCCCCUUCUGACCCUCCCCGGGCAGUGGGGUGCUGGGGGCUGUGGGCACCCACUCAGGGCUUUGCCUCCCCAUUGCCAUAGAGCUGGACAGAGCCAUGGCUGGGGGAAGGGCAUCACCUCCCAGCCCAGGUCCUGCCCUCCUGCUCAGGGUGGCUCAGAGCUGGGGGGGGUGGGGAACCUGCCAGGCCCUGCUGCCGGAGGUGGCUUAGGCACCUUGGUGCAGGGCGAGGUGACCCCCUGGGUUCUUUGCGGGGGUGCUGGAAGUCUUCCCCUCCCCCCAAGCGAGCUCCAUCCCGGGUGGCCUGGGGGUGCCCUCCCCAGCAGCGUAGGUGUUCGGUGUGUAGCGGUAGCUGUGUGUGUGUCGGCGUCGCGUUAGCCGCGGUGUUUCGGUAGCCCCGGUGCGGUGCCAGCCUGUGGUGCCAGGUGGGUGCCACGCCUCAGACACGUGUACCCCCUCUAGAGCGUGUCCCCGUCCCCACCCCCUCCUAAGCCCUUCCCCACCGGAUCCAGCCCUCCUCAAGGUGGAAAAGCCAAAUAAGCGCUGGGCAAGCGGCGACGCCGGCAGCUGCUGCCAGCCCCGGGGGGUUCUGCCUUCCCACCCCCUGGGCAGCCCUGUGCCAGGGAUGUUCCCUGCCUCCCCUCCCACGCGUGAGCCGAGUCUGGGGGGUCCCCUGGGGUGUCCCGGGGCUCUCCAAGGCGCACAGAUCUCACCCAGCACCUCGGUGCCUUCUCGGGCAGGCAGCUGCCCCCCGCUGUGGCCAAGGGUGCUUGGGAAGGGCGUGGGGGCUGCUGCCGCCCCCCCCUGCCUCCCAUUGCCAGUCAGGGGGGAGCCAAAGCCUCCCUCCAAGGACCAGCAGGGCUGGAGGCCCCCUGAGGGCCUCGCAUCAUCCCUGUGCUCUGCUGGGCCUGCAGCUGCAGGCUGCAUCUCCUUUUCCCGGCUGGGGACACGGGUGGCCUCGGAGUGUCCCCCCCCCGCCCCAACACACACAGCCUGCCGUGUGCCACCCGUGGGCCUGGGUGCUUCCUCCAGACUUUGUCAGGCAAAACGUUUCCUCAGGAGCAGGUUCUGGGUCAGCACCAGAGCCAGAGCUGGGGUCUUCCCUCCUCCCCCUCCUCGGACCCCAGCCACAAGCACAACACCAUCCGCUUUGUCCCCUUGCUCCCUGUCCCCCCCUCUCUCCCUGCCCCAUCCCCCUCCCCAGGACCCCGCCGGCUGUGUCUGUCGGGGGAGAACCGUUGUGGACAGUGGUGGAUUUUUCUGUGCCGUGUGGUGGUAGUGAUUAGAGACACCCUCCCCUCCCCCGCCCCCCAAAUACCCUCCAAGCUCCCUCCUCUCUCCCUCCCUCCUCCCCCCACCCCCCCCCCAGCGUGUGGCCCCUUCCUCCCGCUGCGCCCCUCACCUCCCCGCUGCCCGCUGCUGGCUGGCACGCGUGUGCGAGCGGGGGUGCGUGUGCCAUCCCGCCAUCACUAGAGACAAAGAAUAAUAAUGAAUAAUAAUAAUGAAUAAUAAUUAAUAAUAAUAAUAAACCAAACCUCUCUCAGGAAGAAGCUGCCCCGGCCGGCGGCGGCGGCGGCGGCCAAACGGGCCGGGGUUAGGGGCGGUCCCCGGAGCUGGUGGGACCCCGGAUGGGCGCCAGCGCUCGGGGGUCACCUCUCUAAGUGUUGUGUUAGUGAAGGGUUCCUGUAGCUGUUGUGGUGGAAAAAAAUAAGGGUUUAGGGUUUUUUGGCUUAGGCAAGGCUCAGCCUUCCCCUCGCCCCUGCCCCCCCGUCCCGGGGUGUUGGGGGUGGGUGGGGGGAUGAGGCCGGCCCCGGUUCCCCGGAGGCUCGGUGAAGGUUUUAUCCCGACUGUUCGUGACUAUGGAAUAAAAGUGUUGUUGGUUCUGCUG